AUGACAACCAACCAUCGAUUCUACUAUUCCCCUGGAAUUGGUCAAAAUGAUUUCAAAAUGAGUCCUCCAUGUGGUCCCCAUCAAAACACCACUAUUCUGUAUGCUUACUCCACUGACAUCGACUAUGUGACAUACUCAUAUGCUGCUUUGAAUUUCAAUAAUUAUGCAUAUUUGUAUGCGACUAUGGCAAACGUUCGUUUCGAUACGAAGGUGGAAGAGGAGAUUGAGUUUCAUAAGAAUUAUAACAGCCUGAACGCAUCACUACUCGCCCAUCAACCUGAUCCAAAACUGGGAUACGGAGACACAACUACCGGAAGUGAUGUUUACAAUGUUUUGAAGAAAUUCCUCAACAACAAGCAAGCUUCGAUAUGUGGAGCCGAGAUUUAUAUCGCAGUGAAACGUUAUCCGACUGACUUGGAUGUAUCUGACAUUGUAGCUCAACUACGUGCUAAUCAUAUCAUUGUGUAUAUUGCUGUGGACACUGUCUCAUCAGGUGGCGGUACCAGCGCCGCGAUUCUGUAUGAUACGGCAACUAAGACCAAUGGAUUGUGUCUUUUUGCGACCGAUUAUGAUCUUUCGGAAGGUUUCUACUACAUGACGUGGAUGCUCGAGGAGCCCUACCAAUUCAUCGCUCACAACUAUCUCGUCUCUGGCACCGGCCGAAUCGAACUACCGCUCUUCAAGUCCCCAACUCCAGCGGGACAUUUAGAAAGGGGGCGUGUCGCUAUUACGGUUCAAAAUCAUUCCCUUGACGCUGAUUUCAUAUCUGUAAACUAUACAAUCGCUAGCACAGAUGGCGAUAUUGCCUACCAGUACCCGGGCUUCCAGGAUAAGAAACUUUAUGGAACCCAACAAACUGAUUAUGUGAUUUUCAACUCGUCUCUAACCUAUCGAUGGACUAUUGACUAUAAAUAUAAUGGUGGUGCACAACAAGUGAUUCAGUGCAGGAUGUAUAGUAAUUACUAUCACGACUUUGUUACACUGCCGAAUUACUAA